UUUCUCAUCCCAGCAUUCCAGCACUCCAGCACGAGCGGCGAACGCGUCGCGUCGCGUCGGGAUUCCUGAGGAUUACCCGGCGUGCCCCGCGGGAAAGAUGGCGCUGGACGGGAGAAGAUGGAGAUAAACUUUAUCUGAAAUCGGGAACAGCGGUUAUCGACACCUGUGAUCUGCGUUAACACGUCAACUCCUCACGGAGAGACACCGGCGAGAGGACGCGGGAUCGGCGAUCGCUCCUAACGCCACGAGCGGAGAGAUUUUUAACGGCCGUUAGCAAGUGUUAGCCAGCGAGGAGAAGAAGAAGAAGGAAAAGCGGGCAAAGUUUAUCCAGUUUGAGCAAGAGUCAAGACUGAUCUACACCAAACUCUAGGUUCAACUGCGGAAAAGAGGCUAGAGCCAGGUCAUUGAUAGCCCUGAGGUUCACAUGCUGAACGGGGGAGGAGGAGCGGGAGGAAGAGGAGCGAGACGUGAGCUAGAUUGAGUUUCCUUGGCGACCGGAGGGACCCACUUGGGGAGAUGACUCUGGAGAAUGCAGCAUGCACACUUGAGAGCGCUCAGGGCCUGAGGACCUGUGAAUGAGGACACCACUGAAACCAACUCCAGUUUCAGCAUUAACGGAUGGUGUAUGGAAGCACACUGAUCUCCCAGAAUGACGAGUGCUGCUCCAGCCCGGAAACCGUACCGAAAGGCACCUCCGCAGCACCGCGAGACGCGCCACACUGUGCCAGUAUUUCGAGAGGAUGGUAGCGGGAGUGCCUUGCCAUCCGCCAACCCUGCACCCUCAGCCCAGCCUGACCCCUGCCAGGAGUCCUUAUCAGAUGCCGACAGGAUCAAGAUCCUGCAGCAGCAAAAUGAAGACCUCCGUCGCCGGCUCUCCCAGACCACUCAUAAAAUGGAGGCGAUGGAGACGGAGUUCGAAACCAGUCGACAUUACAUGCAGGCAGAGAUGGGUCGAACCAGAGACGACCUGGAGAAAAUGAGAGACAAGUUCAGAAGACUGCAGAACAGCUACACGGCGUCUCAGAGAGCUAAUCAAGACCUGGAGGAGAAACUUCACGCCUUGCUCCGUAAAGUGGAAAGAGACAAGAAAACCAUGGAUCAAGAGAUAGUAGAGCUCACGAAUAAACUCGUGGAUGCCAAAAACACUAUCGACAAGCUGGAGGAACUGAACGAACGAUAUCGACAAGAUUGCAAUUUGGCUGUGCAGCUGUUGAAGUGCAAUAAAUCGCAUUUCAGGAACCACAAGUUUGCUGAUUUGCCAUAUGAGCUUCAGGACAUGGUGAACAAGCACAUGAAGAGCAGCUUGCCUAACAAGACCCAGGGCUCUCAGGGAGCUCAAGCCCAGGAUCCUGACACUCUAAGCCUGACCCCCGCAGACGUAGUGCCCACUUCGGUGAUCGCUCGUGUUCUUGAGAAGCCGGAGCCCCUGGUGCUCAACUCAGCCCAAUCUAGCAGCAGUGCGGGUCGGCCGGUGGCUGAAGAUGUGUUCGUUCACGUGGACAUGACAGGACCCCAAGAUGAUAGUGGAGGGCGUGAAAAUGGGGGUCCUGUUCAUGCCAGGCCUCCUGCGGGAGCAGGUUCUGAUCAGCAGCAUGUAAACGGCAUGUGUCGAAGCCAGGGCAGCCUGGACGGUCCAACGGGAGAAGAUGGGGCAGCGCCAUCUUUUGAGAAGUUGAAUCCUUACCCAGCACCUCCACCACCGAACCCGCUGUACCCUGGUCGGAAAGUGAUCGAGUUCUCCUCCGAUGACAAAGUCAAGAUACCCAAGAAUAGCCCACUGCCUAAUUGCACCUACGCUACUCGCCAGGCCAUUUCUCUCAGUCUUGUACAGAACGAAGAGGAGGCAGCCGAGCGCCAGCGCACCGUGCCCAACAGCCCUGCUGUGUCAGAUGGGGGCUGGCGAUCUGGGACCUCUUCAUCUUCAGGUGGAGGGCAUGCGUCUCACCAGCGCACGCCUCCACAGAUGGAUGCUACGGAUACCCUUUCCAGUCAUUCAAGUCCUUUUAGCAGCCCCCCUCAGCCGCCCAGCGCCUUUGCAAGCUCUGGUAGCUCCGAGGAGGACCUACUGGCCAACUGGCAGCGCAUGUUUGUAGAAAAAAUGGCACCGUCUUCAGAAGGCUCCCUUGUCAACCGCACGUCCUUUAGCAGCGAGACGGUAAAGGAUCUCCAAAGAAGUCACAAUGGCAAAUCAGGAGUAGGGGCUCUGAGAGGCGCUUACUCUGAUGGCGAGGAAGGAUCCUCAGCCCAGAGCUGGACAGCAAGUAGAGAGUCCAGUUUGGAUACAGACACCAGCAGCAUGGCAGACCUCCGAGCAAAAAAGACACAAUACGGUGGCGACUUUUCCCAGGAAGAGGGCGAACACCUGCUGAUGACUCUUGACCCACUUGACAAUGAUGGUGCUAGCGGUGACACCAUGGUCACUAUUGAGAGCAGUCCAGCUUCUGCUAAGCGUCAAGAGUUUACCGAAGAUGCUGGCUCUGCUGGAAGUUCAGCUGAGGAGCGAGAUAUCCUACCCCAGGACUUUCCUGUCAUUGGCUCAAGGGUCCUAGCCGCCCUCGAGGAUUAUGCAGACAAGCCCCCUCGGGCUGGCUCCUCGCGACCUCUGAAGAGCCCCAAGAGGAUGGGGAUUCAUCACUUGCACCGCAAAGACAGCCUUACCAGAGCUCAAGAGCAUGGAAACUUGCUGGACUGAGACUUCCAGGCUUAUUCUUCUCUUCUUUUUUUUGUUUUUUUUGACCUUGAGUGCUCUUCGUCUUACUAGCAAUCACUAGUCAUAGCAGCACACAACAAGCGGAAGGGAUCGGAUCAGCAUUGCUGAGGUUAUCCCUGAUCAUGCUGCUGUUGCUGAGGCAUCAUUGUAACUCUUCUGUCCUCUCUCCGAGGCUUGGAGCUGUUUUAUCGGUGGAACCUAUGGUAUUGACGGAAUCCGUGGCUGCAACUUCAGUGGACGGUGCUUCAGGGAUCGCACAGUCUGAAUUAAGGUGAUUUUCACCAGUCCAAGACUUGACCGGUUUGAUGCGACAUGAUUGAGUGGGCAACAGCAGGACAUAGCCAUACAAUCACACUUCUUUAAGAGAAAGAGUCCUUCAGAGGCGACAAGAUUGAGCAGCAUUGGGAAUGAUCCCUGUGGCACUGUACGGACAUGGAACAUCUCACAUAAUGGGUGUUUUGACAUUUGCUUUUGCCCUCGGGUGAGAGUUUUCUACCCAGAUAAUGAUAUCUUUCCAGUAUCCCAGUACAAGUCCUUUGUUACGGGAGAUUGGGAUGGCUCCAAAUGGCCACAGCUUCACAGAUACCACUGUGUCAGGCGUUCUGCUGCUUGAAGCAGAUUAAAUGUAAUCUAUGGGACUGUCUUGUCAAUUUUCAGUGCCUAACCCUUGCUCUGACAGAGGGGGCUCUCCAUCACCCUUUAAAAGAACAUCUUGUUCCUUUCCAGCUUUUAGUCAUCAUAAAGAGGAUCCUUCACCUCAAAUUUUCAGUUACCUCUCGUCAUUGAUCUACCACUGUAUUUCAACACCUAAAGACUGCUUUUGUACUUUAAUAAUUUGAAUUACGAAAGGCUUUUGAUUUUGAUGUAUUCGGUAUAUGUUUUAAUCAAGUACUUGGAUAUACUUCCUGAUUUUUCAUUCUCGCCUGUUUUGUUUGACUAAUGGUAUUUAAAACCAAUUAUGAUUUUAAGUAAAUAUAUAGAGUUUUUGUGUAUUUAUUUGUCUUUUGCUCGUCUGAAGUGGCCCGUUACUUCCCUCAAAGCAGUUAGGCACUUGCAGAAGUGCCGGGGUGCCCAAACUCAUUCCUGGUGGGCCAGUGUCCUGCAGAGUUUUGCUCCAACUUGCCUCAACACACCUGAUGGGAAGUUUCUGUUAUGCCUAUUAAGAGGCUGGUUGUAAUUCGCCAUUUCAGGUGUGUUUAAUUGGGGUUGUAGCUAAACUCUGCAGGACACUAGCAAUCCAAGACCGAAUUUAAACACCAGGAUGCUGAAUCAUGUCAUGAAAUGAGAAGGUAUACAAUCCCUUACAAAUUUUACACAUUAGUUGUCAUUUUAAAUAUUUAAUCAGAUUUUUUUUUUCCAAAGGUCAGUAUUUAAGAGUAAAAAUACUCUACAAGGCUGAAAUGUUUAAAUGUGUCAUUGGUAUUUCACGUCCUCCAAUUUAGACACGUAUUAAUGUGUCCCCUCGCUGCUGACGGCACAAAUUGCCAUUCAGAGGGCAUAUUAAUAUUUCAAAAACUAUGCAUAUAGUACUGUAAAAACGCAAAAUAAAAAAACAAGCUAAAAAUAAUUAGCAGAUAUUUCAGCUAGAAACGGUGGCACUGACAAGAAUACAUUACUUGGAUAAUUUUCUGUGUUUGUUUGUUUUUUUUUUUAAACCCUGAUUUCAAGAAAAGCCAUGUUUUGAUCUUAACGAAUGUAAUCAUCUCUAUGUAGCAUCCAUUUUUCAUUGGUUCCUUAUUAUUCUUUAGCUGAUCGUACUGCUGUAUGUAUUUUAAGGGGAAUGUGCAUCCCGCCAUCAUUUGGUGUGUUUAUCUAUGUGUGUAUUUUGUGUGGAAAUCUGAUUUCUCAUGAUUAUGGAUGUCCAGCAGAUAUUUUUCUGUGCUGAGUGUUCCCGUCUUAAAUUUCAGUCAUUUCAUUUCAAGCCUUGUUCAAAUAGCGUUUUAACAUUUAUCAGUUUUUUUCAAACAAUGAGUUUCAGAUGCAACGACUACAAGCAUCCUCAUUCUUUUGUUUUGAUGAAUAUAUUUUAGAGACGAUUAAACUCUGUUGCCUUUUUAA